GUCACAGCAGGGUUACGGCCGCGGCGGGUGUGGUUUGGGAGUCACUGCUGUCUGUCCUUCCUCUGUCUUCGGGGUUGUCCGGCUCUCAGUGUCCGGAGGAUCUGCUCGGGGAUUUGGGAGAUCUGCACCCGCUGUCAGACUUGAUCCUGUGGCCUUAGCUAAGCGGAGAGACUCGGAUUCACCAUGGGCGGCGAGUACAAUGAGAAGAAAGAGACCUGUGGGACAAUAUGUCUGAAGUACCUGCUCUUCACUUUUAAUUUCUUUUUCUGGCUGGCAGGCCUUGCCGUCAUGGCUGUAGGAAUAUGGACACUGGUGCAGAAAAGUGACUACAUCAGCCUGUUACCAUCCAGCAUGUACGCCGCCACUGCAUACAUCCUCGUCAUUGCUGGGGCUGUUGUCAUGGUAACUGGCUUCCUCGGAUGCUGUGCAACCUUUAAGGAAAGAAAAAGUUUGCUGAAAGUGUAUUUCAUCCUCUUGCUCUGCAUCUUCAUCUUGGAGAUUCUGGCAGGUAUCCUGGCCUAUAUAUACUACCAGCAGUGUGCUCCGUUCUGCUCACAGCUGAAUGAUGAACUGAAGCAAAGCCUGAAGAACACCAUGACCAUGAAGUACAAGCAGCCAGGAGAGGAAAAAGUCACCAAUGCAGUGGACAAGCUGCAGCAGGAGUUUAAGUGUUGUGGCAGCAAUAAUUCCCAGGACUGGAAGGAAAGUGCUUGGAUAAAUUCCGCAGAAUCUGAGGGGCGCCUGGUUCCAGACAGCUGCUGCAAGACUGUUACCCCAAGAUGUGGGGUCCGAGAACAUCCCUCAAACAUCUACAGAGUUGAGGGUGGCUGCAUCACCAAACUAGAAGCCUUUAUCCGAUCUCACCUGCUUAUCAUCGGAGCAGUGGGCUUAGGCAUUGGCUUUGUACAGGUGUUUGGAAUGAUUUUCACGUGUUGCCUCUACAAGAGUCUAAAGGCUGAACCAUACUAAGAUGUCUGUGGACUUCUAUUAUUGCACUCAGUCUGUUCACCUAUUGCAUCCUGCUCACCUGAAAAGCUGCUGGAGCAGCAAAACUCAUGACAUCAAUUGCUUAGAAUUACUGACUGCCAUGUUUUGAGUGUAUAUGUAUACGCGACCCAUCACGACUGAUCAGAUUAUUAAUAUGUGCCAAGGUAAUAAGUGAAAUAUCAGAAGCCAUAGUUUCUCAUGGACGUCUUCCUAUUCUCUCACCUAAUGCCUUGAUGGAUCCUGUUGGUCACCUGGUGGAAACGUACCCUCUACUUUAACUACUAGAGAUGCCUUGUUUGUGGUCCCCUCAACUCUGCCUUCUGAAAUUCACCAUCAUGGCCUUAAAAACCAAAUUCCAAGCCAAAUAUGAAGCUAUGCAGGUGACCUGACCACCAUUGUCAGCCACCUAUCAAAGCAGGAAAAAUGCGAGACCAUGACCUGAGCAUCACAAGUAUCUGUUUUUAUAAGCAAUAGGCAUGUUACUGUAUUUUAACAUUUUUAAUGUUUUUUGUUAGUUUUUUUUUAACUUUUCACUACCAUAAAUUAAGUAUCACACAGUACUGGUAAAGGGGACAUUAAGCCUGAAAAUCUUGCCGGCAAAGAAGAAGAUGACAUUUACUUAGUCUUUGUAUUGCAGAAAGUAGAAUGUCUGUGUAAGGGUAUGUUCACACUGCGGAAUCUCGCAGAAUUCCAAGAGCGGAGAUUCCUCUUGCGGCUGCCGCCAAAAAUACUUCAGCGGUAGGACCGUGCGGCACCAUUGAUGGUUAUGCAGUCCUCACAGACUUCCGCCCAAAGAAUAAACAUGUUCUUUCUUUGCGCUGAACAAUUUCAGCAGCGGAAUUGUCCGCUGCUGAAUUCCUCCAUGUGAACAUGUCUCGUGGGAGACCCAUGGACUCUGCGGUGUGAACAUACCCUAAGAGAUCAUGUAGAAAUCUGUGGGUUUUCAUACAGAAGCCUAGAGAUGUGUUAAUUGUUACAGAGGUAAAUAGAAUACAGCAGCACAUGGAGUGUCUAUUGCUUCUUAGUGCAAAACCGUAGGGCAGUAAUCUCCAUCCUGUGGAUCUCCAGCUGUUGCAAAACUACAACUAACAGCAUGCUGGGGAGCCACAGGCUGAAGAGCAAAGCCAUGGGGACUCUAUGUGCCUCUGUACAAGCUCCCCAAAGAGACCAUACACUUUAAAAAUCCCACCCUUCCCAAGUGUGCACCUAUAGGGAAGGAAUAGCUGUCUUUCGACAGUGCUAAACCAGUCAGAUUAAAGGGGUACUCCGGUGGAAAACAUUUUUUUUUUUUUUUUAAAUCAACUGGUGCCAGAAAGUUAAAGAGAUUUGUAAAUUACUUCUAUUAAAAAAAUCUUUACCCUUCCAGUACUUAUUAGCAGCUGUAUGCUACAGAGGACAUUCUAUUCUUUUUGAAUCUUUUUUUUUUUUUGGCUUGUCCACAGUGCUCUCUGCUGACACCUGAUGCCCGUAUCAGGAAAUGUCCAGAGCAGAAGAAAUCCCCAUAGCAAGCCUAUGCUGCUCUGGACAGUUCCUGAGACGGAGAGAGGUGUCAGCAGAGAGCACUGUGGACAAGACAAAAAAAAUAAAUAAAAAUUAGAAUUUCCUCUGU